AUGGCAGACGCUGGCAUUCAGGAGUCUGAUGCAACAAAGAUUGACAUGAAGGUCAACGUCGAAGGCCAGAAAGAGGAAGCCCUUCCAGCCUACGAGGCCGGCGACCACAAAGGCAACGCUGAAGUCCCCGACGAAAAUACUCAGGAUGGUGUGCGAAUUAUGGAGGCCAUGACUCUGUCAUGGUCGCGGUCCUCGCUGAUCUUAGUCUAUAUCAGUAUGUGGCUACUCUACUUCAGCAACGCCUUUGAAGCGUCCCUCUCCACCAAUCUGGAUCCCUAUGUGUCGAGUGCCUUUCAGGAUCACUCGUUGCUGCCGGUCAUCACGGUCGUGUCGAAUGUCAUGGCCGGUGCCACGUACAUGCCAGUCGCGAAGAUCUUGAACUUAUGGGAUCGAACUGUGGGCUUUGGCUUGAUGCUGGCAAUUGCGACCCUGGGCAUGGUGCUCAUGGCGUCUUGUAACAGCUUUGAGCUGUAUGCCGCAGCCAAUAUCUUCUACUCGGUUGGCUUCACAGGCAUGAUUUUCUGCAUCGAUGUUCUGACGGCCGAUACCUCGACCAUGCGAAACAGGGGGCUUGCUUAUGCCUUCACCUCGUCCCCGUACAUUAUCACCGCGUUCGGAGGUCCCAAGGCUGCCGAGAGCUUUUACGCUAAGAACUGGCGCUGGGGAUAUGGUUCCUGGGCGAUUAUCCUCCCGGUCGUCGCCACGCCCAUGAUAGUGGUGUUGCAGAUGGCCAAGUUCAAGGCGAAGAAGAAGGGCCUGGUCCAGAGACCUCCGAGUAACCGGACUUGGUACCAGAGUCUCCGGCACUACCUGGUUGAAUUUGACUUUGUUGGUGUCUUCCUCCUCUGUGCCGGCUUCGUCCUCUUUCUGCUGCCCUUCACGAUUGCCGCCUCGUCCCGCGACGCCUGGCGCACCGACUAUAUCAUUGCCAUGCUGGUGGUUGGUGCUUUCCUGCUCGUGGUCUUUGGGUUCUGGGAGAAGUUCGGCGCUAUCAAGCCCUUCGUGCCCUGGACCCUGCUCAAGUCGCGCACCGUCAUGGGUGCUUGUCUGCUGGACUUUACCUAUCAGGUGGCCUACUACUGCUGGUUCGACUAUUUCACCUCGUACCUGCAGGUGGUCUACAACACCUCGCUUGCCUCGGCCGGGUACAUCUCAAGUAUCUUCGACAUUGUCUCGGGCGUCGAGCUGUUCGUCGUCGGAUUCUUGAUCCGCUGGACCGGCCACUACAAGUGGGUGCUGAUGUGGGGUGUGCCACUGUACAUGCUGGGCGUAGGCCUGAUGAUCUACUUCCGCCAGCCGCAUAUAGGCCUGGGCUACAUCAUCAUGUGCCAGGUCUUCAUCGCGCUGGGUGGGGGUGUCAUCAUCAUCGGCGAGCAGGUCGCCAUGCUGGCGGCCUCACACCACAAUGAUGUCGCUGCUGUCCUGGCCCUGCUGGGUCUCUUUGGGUACAUCGGUGGCUCCGUCGGUGGGAGUAUCUCUGGUGGUAUUUGGACCAAUACCCUGCCGGAGAUGCUGAGACAGACGCUUCCUGAGAGCGCCCAGGGCGAUUUGGAAAAGAUUGUUGGUAGCCUCGAUGAGCAGCUGAAGUAUAAAUAUGGUUCGGAGAUCCGUGAGGCUAUCAUGGAUGCCUACGCGGCCACCCAAAAGCGCAUGUUGAUUGCCGGCACUGCCGUCAUGGCUUUGGCGCUGGUCUUUAUGAUGAUGAUUCGUGACCUGAACGUGAAGAAGAUUCAACAGGUCAAGGGCAUGCUCUUCUAG